CUGUCAUGUCCGAGGCACUCUGUGACUGAGCUUCUGAGUCGAGCUGCUCCAGCUCCUCAGGAGAGGAAUCAAACACCGCCAGCAGAGGCCUGAGACGCAAGUUAUAAGAAUAAAUCUAGAUUUAAAUAUGGUUGUAAAGAGAGAGAUGGAUCCCAAUGUAACAGAGCCGGAGAGCCUCUGGCAUAUUCUCCAAGAAAUGGACCCAACAUGGAUGACCACUGUUCUCCUAGUUCCCUGUGUUGUCGUACUGACAGCUGGAUUUUUCUACCUCUACGGUUGGAUUGUUGGUCUGUUGACAAAAACGUCUGUACGCAAUAAGGUGGUGGUUGUAUCUGACGCCUUAUCUGGGCUCGGAAAAGAAUGCUCAGGUGUGUUCCACAAAGGAGGAGCCAGGUUGAUCCUCUGUGGGAAAAACUGGGAGAAGCUUGAAGAAUUUGCUGAUGAUUUGGCGAAUGCCUCAGACCCCACAGUAACGUUUCCUCCUAAACUGGUGCUGCUGGAUUUUGGGGAUAUGGAGAGUAUGCCUGACGCCAUUGAAGAGAUCCUGGACUGUUACGGCUGCCUGGAUGUUCUCAUGCUAAACAACAGCAUGAAGGUCAAAGCACCUGCACACAGUCUGUCGCUGGAGAUGGACAAGCUCCUGAUGGACAACAACUACUUUGGACCAGUCACACUGGCUAAAGGUGUGCUACCGUCCAUGAUCUCCAGAAGAACUGGUCACCUGCUCCUCAUCAACAGUAUCCAAGGGAAACUCGCUGUUCCCUUUCGAUCUACAUAUGCAGCCUCCAAACAUGCAGUUCAGGCCUUCUUUGACUGCCUGAGAGCUGAGGUGGAAGAGUAUGGCAUCUCCGUCAGCACCAUCAACCACACAUUCAUCAGCAGCACCUCGGCUGGUAACACAGAGGCAGCCUCCUCCAAAUCCUUCUGGUCACUGCUGUACACUAAGAGACCCCUCGGCGUUUCCCCAUACGAAGCAGCCGCUGAGAUCGUCAAGACGUUAAACAACAGGAAGAAAGAGGUGAUAAUUGCUCCCUCCCUCCCCAAGGUGGCCGUCUACGCCAGAUCCUUCUUCCCUAACGUGUUCUUCGCUGUGAUGGCUGCAGGAGUGAAGAACUCUGGUACCUUUGAGAAGAUGUAGUGUAUUGGUCUGUACUGUUUACAUGGAGAUUAAGGCCUGAGGGUUUCUGGUGAAAAAAAUCAAUGGAAAUUAUAGAAAAAAAGUACUGUAAAGAAUGUAUUGUUGGUCUUAAACAGACUUAUGUGCAAAAUCAUGAUUUAAAAAAGAUAUAGCCUGUAUUUAAAAAAAAGUUGAGGUUGUUACUAUAUAAUGUACAUUUACACAUGUCUGAGCGUUUUCUGUAUAUUUUAUUGCUUCACAUACUUAACAUGAUCAUGGA